UAUACAUCGACCCCCACUGCCGCUCAUUCUUCCUCAACUCGCUCCUCGCGCUGCGAAGACAGUCUUUAUCUUUAUUGAAUGGGCGAAGAGAACUCCCAAACUGCAGCUGAGGAGUCGACUGAACCUCCUUUAUGCCGUCCCGAAGAAGCUCGAGAGAAGGAACAGACUGUGCUUGACGUACCGAAUGAAAACGUACAUAAUGCCUGGACUAACAAGCAUGUCAAAGUGUCUCAUACCCUUGAACCCGAAACCGUUGCCGGGCUAUUGGACGCCCAUCUACAACAAGGACUCACUUCGACCGAAGCUGAAUCUCGCCUUCGCGAACAUGGGCCUAACCUGCUUAAGGAAGCUAAAGGGGUUCCCGUGUGGGAAAUUCUGCUGAGACAGGUGUCGAACAGCCUGACUGUUGUUCUACUUGCGACUAUGGCCCUAAGCUUCGCCAUCAGGGAUUGGACCGAAGGCGGCGUCAUCACCGCGGUGAUUGUCCUCAAUGUUGUCGUGGGCUUCCUGCAAGACUACCGUGCCGAGAAGAACAUCGCGUCCCUGAUGGCCCUCUCUGCCCCGACAGCGACGGUCGUCCGCGAUGGACGCACUAUGAACAUCAAGGCAGAAGAUCUCGUCCCCGGUGAUGUGGUCAAACUAUCCGUCGGAGACAUCGUUCCUGCAGACCUGCGCCUCUUUGAUGGCAUAAACACGACAGCGGACGAGGCUAAUCUCACCGGCGAAUCGCUUCCAGUCUUGAAAGAUCCAAUUGCGAUAUUCGCCGAUGCAGACCUCCCUGUUGCAGAUCGCAGCAACAUGGCUUUCUCCCAGAGCACGAUGACCGCAGGGCGGGGGACAGGCAUAGUCGUUUGUACUGGUAUGGACACUGAAGUGGGAAAGAUUGCUGGCAUGCUUCAACAACAAGACGACACUCAAGAUGUGGAAAAGAAACAAAACAAAGCUAUGCAGAAAAUGAAGUCCUUCGUUCGUGGUGUCAAAAAUAUUCUCGGCCUCAAUGGAACUCCGCUUUCCGCCAGCUUAAGCAAGUUUGCACUCCUGCUGUUCGCUCUCGCAAUACUUUUGGCCGUCAUCGUCUUUUCAGCAAACUUGUGGAAAUUUCAUGGAGAGGUCGUAAUUUACGGCAUAUGUGUUGCUGUGGCCGUCAUUCCAGAAUCUCUUCUUGCGGUUCUUACUAUUACUUUGGCAGUUGGAAGCAAAGCUAUGGCUAAAGGAAAUGUCCUUACCCGAAACAUCCAGGCCUUGGAAGCUAUCGGAGGCGUCACGCACAUAUGCUCGGACAAGACUGGAACUCUUACCCAAGGGCGAAUGAUCGCGCGGCAGGCAUGGAUCCCUGGUACAGGCGUUCUCUCAAUUCACGACUCAACCAAGCCAUUCGACCCAACGAACGGAUAUGUGAAGCUGGACGACGAGGAAAUCGACAGAAUCAAUCAUGUUCCAAGCCCAGGGAUGUCCCUGCUCAUGCGAACGAUUGCUCUCUGCAAUCUAUCUUCAGUUCAAAGACCACAACCCUCAAAGAGCGUUGAAAACUCUGAUCCAGAACAAGAGCCAUUUUCUCAAACUCAAGUGGACGGAGCCGCUCCCCCUGAGAAGUCUGCGCAACCCACCCAAAACAACGAAUGGACAGCUAUUGGAGAGCCUACGGAGAUUGCUCUGCACGUUCUCGCACUACGAGUGAACAUGGGAAGGGCGGACGUCCUCAACGACGACAUGCAGCACGCAGCUGAGUUCUCCUUCGACUCCGCCGGAAAACGGAUGACUGUGGUAUAUCGAACCCCUUCCGGCAUGGAAGCUUUCACGAAAGGAGCCGUCGAAAUAAUACUACCACUUCUAGCCUGUUCGGAUCAGGAGAAGCUAGAAAUACGGUCCAUCGCUGACGAAAUGGCUGGAGAAGGCCUUCGAGUACUUUGUGCCGCCCACAGAUCACUACCCAAUGGCUUUAAUCUAUCCGAUCGUAAACGUGUCGAGGCCAUUCUUGAUCUCGUCGGUCUUGUAGGCUUGUACGAUCCGCCACGCCUUGAGACCGCUGACGCUGUCCGCCGUUGUCAGCUUGCGGGAAUCAGCGUACACAUGCUCACUGGAGAUCACAUUCGUACUGCGACUGCCAUAGCUCACGAAGUUGGAAUUUUGCCAUCCACGGUACCACUGGCGGAUCAUGGCAAGGUGAUCAUGUCUGCGGAAGCUUUCGACAAACUAUCAGAUGAUGAAAUCGAUGCCAUGGACAAUAUGCCUCUAGUGAUAGCUCGGUGCAGUCCCACUACGAAAGUCAGAGUUGUGGAGGCCAUUCACCGCAAGCAGGCUUUCUGCGUGAUGACUGGGGAUGGUGUCAAUGAUUCUCCGGCUCUGAAACGUGCAGAUGUUGGCGUCGCAAUGGGCUUGAACGGGAGCGAUGUUGCUAAACAGGCCGCGGCUAUGGUCCUCACCGAUGACAACUUUGCCUCGAUUGUCAAGGCGGUGGAGGAAGGUCGUCGACUGUUCGACAAUAUCCAGAAGUUCUUGCUGCAUCUGCUCAUCUCCAACAUCGCUCAAGUCAUACUCCUCUUGGUUGGCCUAGCUUUUCAAGAUGAUGGAAGAAAGAAAAUCAAUGGAAAGGCGGAAGAAAAAGGAAGGCAUUCCGUCUUCCCCCUUUCACCUCUGGAGAUUCUGUGGGUAAAUUUGAUCACUUCAUCGUUUCUAGCACUUGGCCUUGGCCUUGAAGAAGCUCAACCGAACAUCAUGUUCCGUCCACCUCACUCACUCCGCAUUGGAGUCUUCACCUGGGAAUUGAUCAUCGACAAGUUUAUCUACGGCACUUUCAUGGGCGUUCUCUGUCUUGCCGCGUUCACAUCCGUUGCUUACAUUCCUAUUGGAGGAAACGGAGCUGUUGGAGUUGGAGUAAACCAAACCGAUGGAGGAAACCAAACCGAUGGAGGAAACCAAACCGAUGGAGGGAACCAAACUUAUGGGGGGAACCAAACUUUUGGAGACCUCCUUGGAGAACUCCUUGGAGGAAACUACACUGUUGCAGGAAACCACACUGUUGCAACACGACUAGGUUAUGGCUGUAAUGAGGAAUGGAACGACACCUGUGAUGGUGUUUUCCGAGCGCGGUCAACUACUUACGCAACGCUCACCUUCCUCCUCCUUGCCACCGCCUGGGAGGUUAAACACUUCUCUCGGUCUUUGUUCAACCUCGACCCCAGAUCAGAGCAUGGCGGACUCUUCUCCGUAUUCCCAACCGUGUGGCGUAAUCAAUUCCUAUUUUGGGCUGUGAUCGCUGGGUUUGUCGUCGUUUUUCCGGUAAUCUACCUUCCCUUCAUUAACAAGAAUGUCUUUAAGCAUUCCCCCAUUCACGAGGAGUGGGGGGUAGUGCUUGGAUGCUUGAUCGUCUACGUCUUGUUGGUGGAGAUUUGGAAGGGAAUUAAACGCCGCUUUGGGAUUGGCAGUGGAAAGUACCGACUCUUGACCCGCGAGGACGCGGAGAGAAGAGCUGGUUUGGAGCACGUCAAGCAAGAGGGCUCUAAGGAGAACGCGGCGGACGAAGUCUAAUAAUUCCUACAUGUCUCCUCGUCACUCCCUAGGUACUUUCAGUACCGUAACGACUUCCUAAUAUUAUCAUUCAGUCUUUAUCUAGCUUUUUGUUGCUUUUGAAUGCCUAUGGUCACAGUGUGCGAUACUAUGAUGCGAUGGUUGCGAGCUUCUCAUGUUUUAUCGUCCAAGCUGUGUCUGAAGCACCACUCUCGAAAUAAGACUACUGUUCAUGUAGCUCCCACGCCUGCCUACCUCACUCGAAGAAAUCAGGCUGAAGUAUGAGCUUCCGCUGCCGUGCGCUAGAUCAUGAUCCGCUAACUGUUGGCAUAUGCGGCAUCUGCCACAGAGUUUGCGAUGGCGAGGAAUCAGGUCGUGGUGGCUAGGAAGGGC